AUGUCUGAUCAUGCUUUUACAGCUUUGGACCAAGUACAUACACCAGAAUUCCUAAACAGUAUUAAAUGUUCUGGAGUUCCAAAUCAUUCAAUUACUCUAAAGGUUGGUGUUUCUGUGAUGUUACUGAGAAAUAUAGACCAGUCGUCGGGAUUAUGCAAUGGUACAAGGUUGAUCAUCACAAGACUUGAAAAUCGAGUUAUUGAAGGUAAUAUGGCUGGAGAAAAAGUGUUUAUUCCAAGAAUGACGUUGACUCUGUCUGAUGCGAGAAUACCUUUUAAGUUCCAGCGACGACAAUUUCCAAUUGUGGUGUCUUUUGCCAUGACAAUUAAUAAAAGUCAAGGCCAGUCAUUGUCUCAUGUUGGGUUAUUUUUGAAGAAAUCAGUAUUUACACAUGGACAGUUGUAUGUUGCUCUUUCACGGGUGACAAGUAGAAAAGGGUUAAAGAUUUUAGUUUAUGACGAUGAUGGACAAAUAACAAAUGAAGCUAGAAAUGUAGUGUACAAAGAAGUUUUCCGUAAUUUAAUUUAA